GAAUUAUCCUCGGUGUCAAUGUGAACAAUGUUUAACGCGUACGGUGUUGUGAUAUUGAGUUUCGUAUUUGUCAGACUAUCGGCUGGCUACGAUACCGAACUAUGCAAAGAAUACGGUGAAUAUCUACGAGAAUGUUGCAAGAAUGAGUUUCCAGUGAACACAUUUCCGAUACCAGAUUUGUCAGAAUGCCGUUCUAUGAAUCGUUCACGGAUCGAGCAAGAUAUGUGUGAAGCUAAAAAAAUGGGUUUUGUUACCGAUGAUGGUAAACUAGACACAGUCAAAAUGAUACACGUUAUGUUCAAAAAAGUGGAAGACGACCCAAGCUUAAUGGAAGAUGUCACAUCAAAAUGUAUUAACGGUGAUUUCGGGAUUUACGCAACCGACAAAGAAAGUGAUCUCAUGAAAUUUUUUCGUUGCCUUACAAUGCGAUGGUUGAAAAGCUGUACCAACUGGGAUGACAGUUCUAGAUGUCAGGAAUUUAAGGGAUUCGUUCAAGAAUGUGUGAAUUUCUUUCCUUGAAUUAAUGGUGAAUAUUAAUAAAAAAGAACAAUUAUGCAUUUAAUUGAAUUAAAC